AUGGAUCCGCCCGAGAAGAAGAACGUCAAGUGCGUCGUUGUCGGCGACGGUGCUGUCGGUAAGACUUGUAUGUUGAUCAGCUACACCAAGAACGAGUUCCCCACCGACUACGUUCCCACCGUGUUCGACAAUUACGAAGCCACCGUGCUGGUGGAGAACAAGGAGGUCAUCUUCUCCCUGUGGGAUACUGCUGGUCAGGAGGCCUACGCCAGGAUCCGAACUCUCAGCUACCAGAAGACCGACAUCUUCCUCCUCUGCUUCUCCGUCGCCGCGCGCACCUCGUUCGGCAACGUCACCGAGACCUGGGUCCCCGAGUUGAAGCACCACUGCCCCAAGGCGCCGAUCAUCCUGGUGGGCACCAAGACCGAUUUGAGGAAGGACCAGUCGGCCGAGUGCGUGGUGGCCGAGGAGGGCCAGAAGCUGGCCAAGCAGAUCAAGGCUCUGAGGUACAUGGAGUGCUCGGCCCUGACCAGGGUGGGCCUCAAGGAGGUGUUCGACGUGGCCAUCACCAGCAUCGUCUGCAGCAGCGUCUCGACCCAGGCCUCGUCGGGCAAGAAGGGCUGCGUCCUCAUCUGA